AAAGAGUGCUGAAGAGGGAGAGGCAGAUCAGUCAACCAAAAGCAAACCACAUGUAAGAUUUUCGAUCAUACCUGCACAGCUGGAUACAAAACGAGGACCGUGAGAGACCACCGGAUAAAGACAAAAAAAAAAAAGUCUUAACAGAGGUUUGGAUUCCCAGAACCCACCCAGCUGCUCCACAGGGCGGCUAAAGGAAGCAGACAGAUCUGAAAGUGACAAGUGCUCUUACACAACAUGUGCACACUUUAGCCAGUAGUGCCUCAUUCCAGUGUGAAACUGCUGAUUAGAGCAAUGCCAUUCUCACAAAGCUUCCUGUCUGAAGAGCAGCUGCUGUGCUCCAUCUGCUUAGACGUGUUUGACAAUCCGGUGUCCACGCCAUGUGGCCACAACUUCUGCAUGACCUGCAUCGGCCACUACUGGGACUCGGUGAAGCACUGCCAGUGCCCCCUCUGCAAGCAGACCUUCAAGAGAAAGCCUGAUCUCCACAUUAAUCGAACUCUACGUGAGAUCACCGAACAGUUCAAGCGCAUGAAGGAAAACCCGGGGGCCUCUGGAGGGCACGGGGCAGGUAGAGAUGCUGAGGAACGUGUAAGAAAACAUGACUCAGUGGAUGGGACAGUAAGGCCAGGCCAACUUCCAGGUUAUCUUCUUGAGGAAAUGAAGCGGAAACUCACAGGGCACAGGGCACACAGCAAUUCUCUGGCCUCUCACAAUGAAAUGGGGUCCGAACAAACUGUCACACCAAACACUGAGAGUACUAGUGACACCCAGCCGCCUGGUUUUGCCAGACAGGUGUCCCUGCGCAGGUAUACCCUGAGUGGGGCAGCAGAUGCCAUGAAAGUGCCCCUUUGUCCAAAACAUCACCGUAACCUGGAGCUGUUCUGUCGAUCUGAUCUGGAGUGUAUUUGUGUUGAGUGUAAACAAACGGGACACCAGUCACAUGACAUCACAUGUGCCGAGAAAGAGUGGCAGAGUCAUAAGAUGAAGAUUGGUAUUACAGAGACUGAGAUACAGGAGAUGACCAAAGAGAGGAUGCAGAAAGUGGAUGAGAUCAAACAAUCACUAGUUGAUAUCAAAAUAUAUGAUGAAAACCUUCCAUCAUCCUUGCUUCUGCUUCCCCCUGUGCUCCAGAUGUUGUCAGAGCACGAAGUGCAGCGCAGCAUGCAGCUGUUUGGAGCUGUGAUAAGCUCUCUGGAGCGCAGGCAGGCCGGGCUGCUGGAAGUGACUGAGAUAAACCGUCGCUCAGCAGAGCACCAGGCUGAACUCAUGAUCAGAGAGCUGGAGCAGGAGAUCACAGAGCUGAGGAGGAGAAGCACGGCGCUGGCUAAACUGGCCCGGACUGAAAAUUACGUCACCGGACUGAAGGGCUACUCUGACGUCAGCACUCCCAUGUCAAUGAAAGACUGGACGGGCGUCUCACUGACCUGUGACCUUGGAACUAAAGCAAUUUACACCUCUGUAUGUCAGCUACUGGAACAGUUUAAGGAGGAGCUUCAGAAAGUACCUGCAGUCUGCCUCUCUGUGUCCGCUAACCAAUCACUGGUGAAGUCACACCCAAAAGUGAAGAGCAUACAGGAAUAUGCUGUGGAUGUGACCCUGGACACCAACACUGCUCAUCCUCGUCUCAUCCUAUCAGAAGACAAGAAGAAGGUGUGGUGUGGUGAAAGGCACCAACAAGUUCCCAACAGUCGUGAGCGCUUCAACCGUGUAGUGUGUGUCCUGGGCUGCGAGGGAUUCACCAGUGGCCGACGCUACUGGGAGGUGGAAGUGGAUGGAAAGACUGACUGGGACCUGGGAGUGGCGAGUCAUUCCUGCAACAGGAAGGGUAAGAUCACAGUCAGCCCCAGCAACGGCUACUGGUUUCUUAGCUUGCGGGACAAGAACAACUAUGCCUUCAGGACUGAGCCUUCCACUGCCCUAGCCCUCAGCCUGAGACCUCAGAAGAUAGGGCUGUUUGUGGACUACGAAAAAGGCCAAGUAUCAUUUUAUAAUGUGGACGCAAAGAUGCACAUCUACACCUUUAUGGACAACUUUUCGGAGACCAUUUAUCCAUUUUUCAGUCCCUGUACCAAUAAAACAGGCAAAAAUGAUGCUCCACUGGUGAUCACGCCUGUCCUUCUGGACUGAACAGUGAAAUUGGAAACGUUUUAUGAGCAAACAUAUGGUUCAAAAUGUUCUUGACGUUCCUUUUUUUUUUUUUGUGCCUUGUACAGUAAAUGAUUUAUCUGCUGCCACAUUGGCACUUCAUUUUCAUUGAUAACAUAAAAAGCUUGGAUCACUAAGAUGACCAUACGUCCAGGUUUAAGCUUUGUUUUCUACAGUCCUCAUACCUUAUGUACAAUGCCUGCAUGCUACUGGUUAAACUACCUUUUCAGUCAUUACCUUCAGCAAACAUGAAAACAAUAACAAAACAAAGCCAAAUCCCAAGAAAUUUUAGACAUGUCCAGGAAAAAAAGGGGACUUGGUAAAUCUAAAAGUCUUUUUAUACCAACAAAUAUGCUAAUUUACCUCAACAGGAGUUUUUAAUUAAUCUUCUCUUCAGGAUGGAAGGACUAUAACACAGUAUAUGUUUCUUAAACAAGAAUGUACUGCAAUCCAAUCUAACAACAAAUAGCAAUUACUUCUCAGGCAUUAAAGAGAAAAUGAAUAGCUACUUUAAAACAAGAAUAUUAGUAAAUUCAUGUUAUUUUCUUUUUGUAAAUUCGCUUCAUCCACUGCAGGCCUAUACAGUUCAUUUGGCCUGUUUUGAAAUGUAACCUAAUUCUCACACACUGCACUUUAAAGUUUCUGUUACCAUGAGUGUACUUGAACACGAUGAAAUAAACAUUGUCAGCGUCAGAUGGCAAGUUUCUGCAGGCAAUUUCUUACUUUGUAACAUCCCACCCUUUCUCUCUUUUUUCUAAAUACCUUAGUACCAAGACUGGGCCCUAUUUCCCAACAGUGGAGUGAGACAGAAGUUAUACUGCCUUACACUUAGGCCUACAUAAUACCAUUACAACCACCUCGUGUCUGUUAAUGACACUGUAAUCAACACUAACUGUCUUUACAUUGUUGUUUUUACCGCUCUAGGUAACUCCCAAACAAAAUCCUAACGGUAUUUUCUCUCUAUGCAUCGUUCGUGUUGCAGCAUGUCAAAAAGUAACUGUCGGAGAGAAAAUACCCGAGGGCUGACUGGAGACGGCGAGGCUGCGUUUCCUCAACGCGCCGCCAGGUGGCAGACCUACUGAUUUUAUAACUGCACUUUUUUUUGCUAACGUUUCCUAACGCAAACACGUGGUUACAUUCGUCUUCGCCAUCUAUCCAAACGGCCCUUUAUGAGUUAUUGGCAUAUAAAACUACAUAACGCAAACUUCACAGAUGCUUACCUGCCAAGAGAUGCCACUGCCAAUCUGUUAGACUGAUCUAUAUGGAACAUACAAGGGAGACCAAGGAUAGUCACAACAACAGUAUCUCAGUAUCUAUUGUUCUGUAUUUAUUAGUCGUGUUACUGCUUGAAUUUGUCUGAAAAGCAUAUACUUAAUGGCAGUUUCCAUUGUGACAACAUGGCCCAAUAUGCUUGUCGUCACAAAAGGUCAGUGUGUUAAAAAAAAAAAAAAAAAGUUUUUUCUUUUGGACAUCAAUAGAGGAAAUGUUCUCUCUUUUUUUUUUUUUUUUUGGCCAAGAUUUUAAGGUAUGUGUCUAUUCAGGAAUGUAUUUUCAAAAGUAAAUAUAGAAUGAUAAUUAUUCACUAGUAGAAUUGUGGCAUCUAGUCCUGUCUCCUUAUAUGCUUUAUUUAAUUCAUCCAUUUUUUUUAAAGGUGUGGAAGUGGUAAAACAUCUGUGAAAAUUCCCUCAUAUUAACUCAGUACAU